AUGAGGAAAAAAAACCUGGAGAAAGCCUUUGCUACAGUGGCCUUGGUUUACAACAACUCGGCCGACCCCGAGGGCAAACUCAGCAACGCUGAAACCAAAACCCUGCUGCAAACCCAGUUUGUGAAUUUCAUACAGGAGCUCAGACUACGUGAUCUCCACAGUCCCAAUGUACUCAUCUCUUGUGAGUCAUGCAGAAAAUUCCGUGACUGGCAUAGCUACACGAACCUGGAUAGAAAGGCAGGAAAAUGCAUCAACGGGGCCAAGAAAGCAAACCCAAGCACCAGGAACUCAUGUCUGCCCUGGAAGAGGGUCAAGACAACAAAAUGGAUUUUGAAGAUUUCGUGAUCUUGCUCCUCAGCCUCGUUCUGAUGUCAGACCUCCUGCAGGAGAUCAGAAAUGUCAGACCCACAAAAUGAGCCAUCCCGCAUAAGGAGAUUGAGAGCGAUAGCUGUGUACAUAGUGGAAGGAGCAGCCAUCAGUGGGAAAACAGGAAUCAGUGGCUUUGUAAAUAUUUUGAUGGAAGGAUGCGAUUUCAUUUUAAAGGGACUACAUUUGGUUCAAAUCUGUACAGAAGGCCAGUACAGUGCCCAUGUCCCACUGAAAUGCUGCGUAAGUGAUGCAUAAGCCUUAAAUCCAUCGCCCAUAGUAACUACCACGAUGUCUUCACUGCAUUCUUUUUCCUGCCUAAAGUCAAUUGUGCACCACAAAUCUCUUUAUAAAAGACCAUCGCUUGUUUCCUUUAGAUGCAAUGUUUUAGAUUUCAUUAAGUGAUCGUUGUUGAAGAAAUCACGUGUUCAACAUUCAGAAUGCAUCUGUCACACUGAGGUCACGAAUCAAAGCCAAGUCUGUAUUGGGAAGUUAGAGAAAUAAGAACAUAAAAAUAAGAACAUAAGAAUGACCAUACUUGGUCAGACCAAAUGUCCAUCUAGCCCACUG